ACAUCGCAUGCGAUGUUUUGUCAACACGUCACUUUUAGGUGCAGAGAAGAAAAAGUGUGUUUUGAUAAUAAUGUGAGCACAAAUUUGGCCAAAAAAUCCUCAAAACUACUUAUUAGUUUAGUGUAAUUUUUAUUUGUCCAUCACCAUGGGAUUCCUCGAGGAUACAAUAAUUGUUUUUGUAUCACAGGUACUCUUCUUCACCGGUGGCUGGAUAUUCUUCGUGAGACAACUCUUCCGGAACUAUGAAGUCCGGAAUAUCCUCGUCCAGCUCAUUUUCUCCCUCACAUUUGCCCUUUCACUCACAAUGUUUGAACUGAUCAUCUUCGAGAUUGUCGGCAUUCUCGAAUCCAGUUCCAGGUACUUCCACUGGCGCCUGGGACUCACAUUGCUCCUCUUUAUGGUGAUAGCACUUAUCCCUUACUACAUCGCUUAUUCCUGCAUCAGCAAUAUCCGCAUAGUGCCACCGCGAUGGGUUAUGCCCCUGACAACAGUCUUCUGGCUCCUCUAUGUCUAUGGCUUCUGGCGCCUCGGGGACAAUUUCCCUCUGCUCAGUGUCUCAAAGGGAAUCUUCACAAUAGAACAGGCUGUCUCGAGGAUUGGCGUGGUCGGAGUCACCGUCAUGGCCAUCCUCUCAGGCUUUGGUGCCGUCAACUAUCCCUACACCAGUAUGGCCUACUUCAUACGAUCAGUAUCUCAGGCUGACAUCAUCACGGUAGAGCGCCGGCUGAUGCUCACCAUGGACAUGAUGGUGCUCAAGAAAAAGCGCAUAGCGCUGGAUCGACGUCGCAACAAAGCAACUUCAGCCAAGCCCGGAAUUUGGGGCAUGAUCAGUUCCGUAACACAGCGUCCAGCUGGAUCAGAAAACAUUGGCCAGUUACGACUCGAAAUAGCUGCACUGGAAGAGAUGUCCAGGCAACUCUUCGUAGAGGCUCAUUCCUUGCGAAAUAUGCAAGAACGCCAGAGGUGGUCAAUGACCCUUCAAGGGAAGUACUUCAAUGUCUUGGGACAUUUCUUCAGUCUCUACUGCAUGUGGAAGAUUCUGAUAUGCACCAUCAAUAUUGUUUUUGACCGCGUGGGAAAGAAGGAUCCCGUGACUCGUGGUUUGGAAAUAGCUGUUCAUUGGUGCGGCUUUGAGAUGGAUAUUGCCUUCUGGAGUCAACAUGUGUCAUUUUUUCUUGUUGGAUGCAUCGUUGUGACCUCAAUUCGUGGUCUACUUCUGACACUCACAAAAUUUUUCUACAAAAUUUCCUCCAGCAAAUCAUCCAACAUAAUUGUGUUGGUUCUAGCCCAAAUUAUGGGCAUGUACUUCUGUUCAUCUGUACUCCUGAUGAGGAUGAAUAUGCCAGCAGAGUACCGUGUUAUAAUCACCCAAAUCCUCGGUGGACUCCAUUUCAACUUCUACCACAGAUGGUUCGAUGUGAUCUUCCUGGUCAGUGCCCUCUCGACCAUCUUCGUCCUCUACAUGCUCCAUCGACCACCAAUCUCUGACGAUCCACUGUGAGAAAUUCCACAAACCCAAAAAAAAAACUUUUCCCAUUUUUUUAACUUUAUAGGAACUACACUUAAAUUAUUUCACAAAAAUACACACAGAAAAAAAAACUGACAAAGUAGUUUCUUUUUGAUUGAGAAAAAAAGACCAACCCCAUUUAUGAUUUAAAAAUAAAGACAUGACGAUUUUUUG